AUGGCUACUGAAGAUGAUAACUUCGAUAUUGAUAUCUACGGCGACGGUGGGGGUUUUAACGGCGAUGAGCAAGGUGACGGGAAGCAUGACGCUGACGAUUUUGACAUUGACAUUGGGGAACCUGACGCGCAGCCAAAGACAAAUGUCCACAAUGCUCAGCAGUCCGCUUCCACAUCAAAACCCCAGAACCAACCUACUAACUCCACUCCUUCACAUGAACCACGCGCAUCACAGUCCGGACCCACGGCGCCUCAGUCAAACACCGAUCACGCUAUGUCUCAUGAACAGCGCCCCGCGCCUGAUGCAUCAGUCGCACCUCACGGCGUCAAGCGCAAGGAAUACGAAGAUGGGUCAUCUGAUCCCGAUGCUACUUCAGCCUUGAUGAUAUCAGACCUGUUCUGGUGGACGACUGACGAUGACAUUCGUGGUUGGGUCAACAAGGCGUCCGCGGAAGAUGAUCUCAAAGACCUAACGUUCAGCGAGCACAAGGUCAACGGCAAAAGCAAAGGCCAAGUUUAUGUCGAGUUCAACGCUGUGCAAGCGGCUCGAGCAACCAAGAACUACCUUGAAAACGCCACCGACCGCAAGUACAAUGUCCAGUACUGCAGCGCUCAGUUCAACCCCUUCAAGACUCUUCCCAAGGACGCUCCGAUGCGCAAAGAAGCUUCACGUGGUGGCAGCUUCAAUUCCGGGGGCAAUCAAAACUUUGGUGGCCCUGCUGGUGGCAAUAACGUGCAUUCGGGUGGCUUCCGCGGCCGAGGCGGGUACAACAACCGAGGCAUGGGCCAUAUGGGCGGCUACCACAACCGCAACAACUUCAAUAACAUGGGCGGUUAUCAAGGCGGUGCUGGGCCAGCCGCGGGCGGCAUGAUGGGCGGAUUCCAAGGGAACCCCAUGGGUGGCAUGCAAAACUACGGCUUCAAUAACCGCGGUGGUAUGAUGAACAUGCGUGGCGGGCCUGGUGGCAUGCGCGGUGGCCGAGGUGGAGGCAUGGCUGCUCCUGGCAUGAUGAUGCCAGGCAUGAAUCCCAUGGGCGGCAUGGGCAUGAACCCGAUGGCCGGUGGAAUGAAUCCGAUGAUGGGUAACAUGGGCGCCAACAUGGGGAACAACAUGGGUGGCAAUAUGGGCAUGCAAGGCUUCCAAGGCCCGAACCCAGGAUUCAACCAGAAUUUCUUCGGCGGUAACCCCGGAGGAGAUGGUAAUUGGAACCCUCACGGCGCCAAACGUAGCCGCCAAGAGUGA